AUGACCCAGUCUCACCAAUUUUCAAUCAAAAUUCUGACCGGUCAUUUGAAUGACGUGUUUAGAUCGAAGGAAGGAGCUCACCAAACAGGCUCACAAAUCAAUUGGUUGUAUCCCAGAACUCAAAUAAAAAUAAAAUUAACACAGUGGAUUCAGCGGAUAGAGAAACCAAACAUUUUUCAAGUAAGCACAACUACCAUGCAUGGUCCCAAACGGAUAUACUACGGAAAAAGAUUCGCGAGAGCCUUCUGGAUUCUUAUCGUUGGCUCCGCCCUAGCAUUGUUAUGUUUUCAAACGUAUCUUCUUUUGGAAAUGUACUUUUCAAAACCCACAUUGUCUCAAGUUUCAUUUAUUGUCAACGAGGGAGGAAUGGAUUUUCCAGCCGUCACUGUUUGCAGUUUCAACCCUAUCAAGAAGUCGUAUGUCAGGGAAUUGAACGCUUCUGGAGACUUGACAGGAGCAACAUUGGAAUAUUUGUUACAAACUAAUAUGGACGCAAUGUUCCUGUACAGUAACCUGGAUAGACAUAAUUUGAAGAAAACUCACGAUCAGGCAGAAACCUACUUUCAAAACCAUACCGACUUUCGGACCAUCAAAUUCUUAAGAACUGCGGGUUAUGACUGUGGAGAAAUGUUCUUGACAUGCUAUUUCGGUGGAAGAAGGUUCGAUUGCUGUAAAUACAUGAAACCAAAAAUCACAUCGCUCGGAAAAUGUUACGAGUUGGAUGUUCAGAAUCUAGCACCAGAAUGGAUGAAAAAACAGAUCUCACCAGGAUCGGGAGCGGGACUUCAGAUGAUUGUUGACGCUCAGCUGGAAGAUGAAUUAAGAGGAGAGGAUUCAGAUGCGUCGGCGAUAUUUUCGAAUAUUUAUGAGAAUGGAUUCAGAUACUAUGUGCACCCGCCAGGUGCCAACGCUGAGUUGUCUUCUGAAGGCAUUAGUGUUUCGCCAUCCAGAAAUGUGUACUCCGCGAUUAAGGCUGUGUCGCACAACUUGCUAAGCCCACGAGAAUGGGGAAACUGCUCUGAGAAUUGGCCUCCAAGUUACAAAACUAAACUGUCCUAUUCUGCGUCUGCCUGUCGUGCAUUGUGUAUCGCUGAGCAUUUUAAUAAGACUUGUGGAUGUGCUCCGUUUACCUAUAACGUGGAUGGAAGUGAGAAUGAGCAACUGUUUAUAUUUCUGAAAUACCGAUUCUCAGAACACCGAAUCUGCGCGCCGUAUGAAUCGAUAACUUGUAUGGACAAGCACAUGAUUCGAAAAGUCAAUGGAUCGGAAUAUUUGGAGCUUCCAGACUGUGAAGAGUGUCAUAUGGAAUGCCAAAGCACAAGCUACACAUCAUACAAUUCUUAUGGAGAUGGUUUCAAUCAAGGAUCUCUGUUAUGGCUCAAAAAGUUCAGUAACAAAACGGAAGCUCAUAUUAAGAACAACUUGGCAAUCAUCAACAUCUUCUUUGCUGAAAUGUACUACACAUCGUAUUCCCAAGUACAAGCAACAUCGUUUACUCAAGUUCUUUCGGAUAUUGGAGGAAAUAUGGGAAUGUUUUUGGGAAUGUCUGUUAUCACUAUCACAGAGUUAUCCCUAUUCUUUUCCAAAAUUUUUUGGAUCAUUGUUUCGAGAAGAAGACGUCAGUAUAUGUAUUCUAAGAAGGCUACAGAGAAAGUGAAGGAACAACAAUUGGAUGAAGCUGUGAAGGAAUUCCAAGAGAGGAGAUCUCGGAAAAAUUCAAGGGAAAAUAUCUAUUCACUUUCGAAUUUUCAUAAAAUUGCUCCGAUCAGUGAAAUACCAAACAAAUUUGAAUAUAAUAAUCAAGAUGACACAUUAUCUACUUCCAGUUCGAUCGAGCUGAAAAUCGACUCAACCCAACUUCAACGUCACCUCAAUCAACAUCCAUCAGAAGGAAAUAUUUGUAUCCUGAUACCCGAAAAAAUUGUUCGCCGAAAUUCCACGCACCUGGAAAAUUAUACCCCAAAUUCUCCGGUUUUUACGAUAGGCCCGAUUUCGAGAAAUCACAAAAGAGCAGAAUCUCCUACCAAUAUUUUGAAUUCAGUUAAUUAG